CCCCCACCCCCAGCAGCUCACCACCCCAAGCCCAGCGAGACGAGAGGAGAGCGAGAGCGAGAGCCACCGGCGGCGAGAUGCAGAUCUUCGUGAAGACGCUGACCGGGGAGACCAUCACGCUGGAGGUGGAGUCCUCGGACGCCGUCGGCAACGUCAAGGCCAAGAUCCACGACAAGGAAGGUAUCCAGCCGGACCAGCAGCGCCUCAUCUUCGCCGGGAAGCAGCUUGACCACAGCCGCACCCUGGCAGACUACAACAUCCACAAGGACUUCACCCUUCACCUCGUCCUGUGCAUCAUCGGCGGGGACAAGGGCUCCUGCUACCCGUCCAAGAUGGAGCCGAACCUGCUUGCGCUUGCCCUCAAGUACAAUCAGCAGAAGCUCGUCUGCCGCAAGUGCUAUGCGCGUCUACCCCUCAGGUCUGCCAACUGCCGCAAGAAGAAGUGCGGCCACAGCAAUGACAUCUGGCCCAAGGAAAAGCUCCGCUACCAUGACUGAAGCACUUGAAACAUGAUCAAGUGACAUGUGAUAGCUGGAUUAACUGGGAGUUCAAAGUUUGGUUCGAGUCUUAGUUUCUUGGAUAUGAAGUUUCAUCCUAGUUAAAUGUUGUCCCUGAAACAUUCUAGCCUCUUGUAACAGUUUUUGUCUUGGUAUGUGCAAUUUGCUUUUGCAUGAAUGAUGAAAUCAAGUAUUUGAGGUCUACUAGCUUGAAAGAUAUGAUGAA